AUGAUCGAAUGUCAAUUUGUAAAUCAACUCAAUCAAGUAAAUUUUGCUUCUAAACGCGCAGGUUUGACAUUGAAGCAUGGCUGAUUAAGACGCGAUUGUUAUAAGCAUUUAUGCGCAUACAGCAAAUAUUUUUAUUCGUAAAGAAGUGCUGGUAUUGGGAAGUAUUACAUUUCGGGAUAAUGUAUAGGUGUUUGACUAUUUGUAAAUUAUUUUGAUUGUGGAAAGUGCUACCUACGAAUCUAUCAGUCGAUUUACUUUGGGGAAUAUUGGAGCAUGCGCUGAGGUCUAACUACGCGGAGCUCAGCACAGAAAAAGAAGGCCCUUACGGGAGUCUACAGCCAAUCAUCAGCCAUGAAAAUAGCUGUGGAAGGGUGUUGCCAUGGAGAGCUGGAUAAGAUCUAUGAGACGAUUGGCUACCUGGAGCAGAAGGAGGGGGUGAAGGUAGACCUGCUGCUGUGUUGUGGAGACUUCCAGGCUGUGAGGAACGAGGGAGACAUGAAGUGCAUGGCUGUGCCGCAAAAGUACAGGCAGAUGCAGACCUUCUACAAGUACUACUCUGGAGAGAAGAAGGCUCCGGUCCUGACUAUCUUCAUCGGUGGGAAUCACGAGGCCUCCAACCAUCUCCAGGAGCUCCCGUAUGGGGGCUGGGUGGCUCCCAACAUCUACUACAUGGGUUAUGCUGGUGUUGUGCGCUACAAAGGAGUAAGGAUAGGUGGCUUGUCUGGAAUCUUCAAAGGGCAUGAUUACAGGAAAGGACAUUAUGAGUUCCCUCCAUAUAACCCAGAAACUCUACGCAGUGUUUACCACAUCAGAAACAUCGAUGUCUUCAAACUCAAACAGAUCCAGAUGCCUGUGGAUGUGUUCCUGACUCAUGACUGGCCUCGUGGGAUCUACCAUUACGGCAGCACAGGGGAGCUGCUGAGGAAGAAGAAGUUCCUGAGGCAGGAGGUGGAGUCCAACACACUGGGUAGUCCUGCAGCAGCAGAGCUCCUGGCCCACCUGCAGCCUAACUACUGGUUCUCUGCGCACCUCCACGUCAAGUUCGCUGCCCUAAUGCAGCACCCGGCCAAAGUUGAUGCUGCCCCCCGCACUACCAAAUUCCUCUCACUGGAUAAGUGCCUCCCAUACAGGGACUUCCUACAGAUCGUAGAGGUAGCAGACAGGCCAGGAUCGUCCCAGGGUCUGGAGUAUGAUCCAGAGUGGCUGGCCAUCCUCAAAGCUACAGACAGCCUGCAGACUGUCAGCCCAAAUUACUGGAACCCCCCGCAGAACAACGGCCUGCACACAAGGUGGGACUUCAGUGCUUCUGAGGCAGCCAUGAUGGAGGCUGUGGGUGACCUGGGGGGUGAACUGUCCAUCCCUGACAACUUCUGCCUGACCGUGCCAGCUUACGACCCUGCCCGGCCACAGCCCCAUGCCCACCCCAGCUACAGCACCAACCCGCAGACCACCGAGCUCUGUGCCACCCUGGGUCUCAGAGACAUCUAUGCCCAGGUUGGGCAGGGAGGGUAUGGGGGCCAGAUAGGCACCCCAGAGCUGGAGGAUGAUGAAGUCCAGAGUGGAGAUGAACCCAGUGAGUACCCUAGUGACACCUCAGGCCUGUCCAGCUCCUACAACCCUGAUGAGAUCACCAUAGAGGAUGAGUGGGAGGAGGAGGAGGGAGGAGAGAAAGAGGGAAGGGGGAAGAGCCCUGAUGCAGUGGUCCCAGAGGGGGAAGCGGGGGAGGCAGGAGGGAGACGGGACUCGGGGCCCCCCUCUAGAGAGCUGCCCCCCAGCCGCAUGGUUCUGACCAUGCCUGAGCCCAAAUUAGACCCCGCUCCUCCCUCACGCCUGUCCCUCAACCUACCUCCUCCCUCUCACUCCUCACCUCUGGAAAAGGGGGAGGAGCCCCUUGUCCGGAUCCCUAAGCGCACCAGUGGGGAGACGGGGGACCCUAUCAGUACAGGCAGCACCCCUAGAAUCAAACGCAGGAACCAGGUCAUCUACACUGCAGUGGACGAUGACGAGAGUGAGGACUAGGGCUGGAUCUUGCCCCAGGUUUCAGGGGAAGUCAGUGGGAACUGUUGUCAAAUAGAAGAUUCUUAUUAUCUCCUUUUUAUAUUGCUAUUGUCCUUCAAUGCAAACCAACAGAGAUUUUUUUUUUUUAGUACAGGGAGAGUGGAGAAUCCCAUGAUGGAAAUGUAUUUUUUUAAGUCUGUUCAGUUCCUUUUUUUAAAUUAUGAAAUAAAGAAAAUGGUGAUUUUAAGAAAAAAAAUCAGUUUAAUUUCAGAUGAGGCACACUGUUUGAAGUUGUUGCUGUGGGUCAACUUCAAAAGGGCUGUGUUGGCAAACAAGAAAAGGUUAAGAACAUGAAUAUGUUUGUACACCACAUAGUCAUAAACCAAUUUUGAACAUUAA